UGGUCCUUCCUGCCUCCUGCACCAACCUCCCCAGCGCACCCCAACAUCCUGCACCCAGAAGGGCACAAGGCUGCAGUCUGGGGGCCUUGUUCCAUGAAUGACCUCAGUCUGACCCGACCUUCCCGCUUCUCUUCCUCUCCGUACCCCUCUUUGUUUACCAGGUUCUUACUGAAGGUUCAGGCGGAGGCAGGCGGCCCUCACUGUGUGUACCCCAACACUGGCAGCAUGCCCCAAGGGAGGGGGUGACUUCUGCAUCUGGGGCCAAGCAGCCCGCUGGAGACAGGGCUCAGCCAGUGCUCUUCAGAGGAACAGAGGGACAGGGACCUGGACCUGCUGCUCAGGGGCCAUCUCAGCAGGGUUUUAGGCCCUGGGGGAGGCGGUCUCUAGUGGGUCCAGUAACCCCAGCGAGAGGCAGUGUCUGCUAGCACCAGACCUGGCUCGUAUCCUGGUUCUGCUCCGCCUCCCUUUGUGGCCCCCGCACAAAGUUGGUGAAUGGCCCUGAGCCUUCAGCAUCAGACUGAGACCUUGCCUGAACAGACUCUGGGAAUACUGAAUGGGUAGUUGGAGAUGUCUUAAUGGCGAGGAAUUCUGGAAGGGCAGCAAAAAUCACACUCUAAUGAAAUUAGCUUUCCAGAACGGGAAACGGCGUUGCUAAGAGCAGGAGGCGUGCAGCAGGCCACCACCCCACAGAGUGUGUAAAAGUGCUCCCGAGAGGCCGAGGAGCCCAGAGCCCCAGCUCCGCGCUCAGGGACAGACGGACAGACAUCCUCUCUAGCGGCGCCAUGGCCACUCAGCUCUGCACCUCCACCUUCUCCACUGGCUCGGGCAGGGGCUUCUGCGGCACGGCAGGAAACUUCUCCCGGGUGUCCUCCUUCCGCUCUGGGGGCUCCUGCAGGGUCCCUGGGCUGGCUGGUGCAGUGGGGUCCAUCUCCUCCUUCAGGAUGGGCCUCUCUGGCCCCAGGAGCUUUUUGCCUGGCUCCUGCCUGUCCGCUGGGGGCCACCCCUCUGGCUUGGUUGGGAGCGGGGUCUGGCUCAGCGAGGGCUCCUUCAACGGCAGUGAGAAGGAGACCAUGCAGUUCCUGAACGACCGGCUGGCCAGCUACCUGGAGAAGGUGCGGCAGCUGGAGCGGGAGAACUGCCAGCUGGAGGGCCAGAUCCGAGAGUGGUACGAUGGGCAGAUCCCAUACAUCUGCCCCGACUACCAGGCCUUCUUCAAGACGCUGGAGGAGCUGCAGCGGAAGAUCCUGCUGACCAAGUCUGAGAAUGCCAGGCUGAUCCUGCAGAUUGAUAAUGCCAAGCUGGCUGCAGAUGACUUCCGCACCAAGUACGAGACAGAGCUGUCCCUGCGGCAGCUGGUGGAGUCGGACAUCAACGGCCUGCGCAGGAUCCUGGAUGAGCUGACCCUGUGCAGGUCCGACCUGGAGGCGCAGGUGGAGUCGCUGAAGGAGGAGCUGCUGUGCCUCAAAAAGAACCACGAGGAGGAUGUCAAUGCUCUCCGAAGUCAACUUGGGGACCGACUGAACGUGGAGGUGGACGCUGCCCCGCCGGUGGAUCUCAACAAGAUUCUGGAUGACAUGAGAUGCCAGUAUGAGGCACUGGUGGAGAACAACCGCAGGGACGUGGAGGCCUGGUUCAACUCCCAGACUGAGGAGCUGAACCAGCAGGUGGUGUCGAGCUCGGAGCAGCUGCAGUGCUGCCAGGCGGAGAUCAUCGAGCUGAGACGCACGGUCAACGCCCUGGAGAUCGAGCUGCAGGCCCAGCACAGCAUGAGGGACUCCCUGGAGUCCACCCUGGCGGAGACCGAGGCCCGCUACGGCUCGCAGCUGGCCCAGAUGCAAGGCCUGAUCGGCAGUGUGGAGGCACAGCUGGCGGAGAUCCGCUGUGACCUGGAGCGGCAGAACCAGGAGUACCAGGUGCUGCUGGAUGCCAAGGCCCGGCUGGAGUGCGAGAUCAGCACGUACCGGGGCCUGCUGGACAGCGAGGACAGCAGGCUUCCCGCCCACCCUUGCUCGGAGCGCAAGCCUUCCGUGAGGGGCCCCCACACCCAGCCAGGGCCCUGUGCACCGGACCCCCAGGUCAGCACCCACAUCCGGACCGUCUCGGAGGAGAUCAGAGACGGGAAGGUGCUGUCCUCCCGGGAGCACGUGCUGCCCCGCCCGCUGUGACCCCUGCGGCCUCAGCCCCCAGCCAGGAGGACUCCCCGAGGCUCCUGGCUGCUAAACGACCCCACCUUUCUCCCCAGAGGGGCCUUCGCUUAGCUGGGUUUUCUACCAAAAUUCUUCUUGUGUUGUUUCUGGUCUUAACUGUGCU